AUGGAUAUGCCAACAAGUAUUGCUGAAAGUGGUUCUGAAUCCGAAGAGGAUUAUAUGUCCGAGGCAUUUAUAGCAAGUGUCUCUAACGUUCGUCCAGGACUUGCCAGAACAGUUUAUGAGCAGAGAGCACUGAGAAUUGAAGCAAGUAAACAGGAAAAUAUUCAGCGGUUGCGCAGUUUACCUCGUCUGGCUGACCUUGAAAAGGAAAAACGAGAUGAAGGAUUGGCGAAACCCGUAGGCGAAGGGUCUAAAGGCUUUGCUUUAUUGCAGAAGAUGGGUUACAAACCAGGAAUGAGUUUAGGGGUGAAACGUGAUGGAACGAAUGAAGGGAUAAAGGAGCCUAUUGGAGUCAAUAUAAAAACUGGUCGUACUGGUCUGGGACAUGAAAAAGAAGAAGAGUCGAAAAAGAAAUUUCAAGCUGAAUUGCUCCUCAAAGCUUCUUUGGCAAGGUCGAAGGCCAAUGUACAUAGUGAUUUUCGAAAAAGAAAGCGUGCUGCCAAAAUACAAAAACAAAUAUUUGCGGACCUGAUGAAAAGCAGAAAAGCAUGCGAAGACCUUGAUGUUCGAAAAGGGAUAAAAGAUCCGUUAGAGCCGGAAUUCUGGCCGAUAUACGAAUCGAAGGAUGAAGCAAACUGUUCCCAGCAUAGUAAGAGAAUACUGCUGGAUCACACGGAUAGUGAACCUAUUUUCCGCUACUCCAAUGGCAAAUUGGCUCCAUCUGAAGUUCGGUUAGAGGGUAUUACCUCUUACUUGAGAAAGGAACAUUUAUACUGUACAUGGUGUGGGUAUCAGUAUGAUUCAGUGGAUGAUAUGGAAACUCAGUGUCCGGGGAAUACUCGUGAUGCUCACGAGAAUGACAGCGGUGACUAA